AGUUUUAUUACAACUUCUGAUAGGAAGCAAAGUAACAAUGCAGAAGUUGGUAUAUGCGAACCGAUGUGUGGUGGGCAGGGUCCGAGGGCCUUAACCAUAUAGUCUUUUGUUCCUUUUCCCAUCACAGGCCAGCACUGGCAUCUGAUCCCUCCCGGUCUCUCUCCACUCCACGGCACUGGACGGAGGUGUUUGAGAGCCUCGCCCGACCGGCGGCUUGAAAGGAGUAAGGAGGUGCGGCAGAUCCAUCCAGGCAAUCCCAGGAGGCGACCCGCCGCGGUAUUGCGCGGUCCAGUCCGCAGUCCGCAGAUCCCGGGCGCUUGCUGCUCUCUGGCGGCCAGAGCCGGGAGCCCGAGAGCCCGGGGACCCGGGAACCGCGCCGUCUCCGCUCCGCGCGCCCAAGGGCACCAGCGAGUGACCGAGAGUCAGGGGGAAAGGGCGGGAGGAAAGGGGACGCGGCGGAGGGGCAAAGGGGAGGAGGUCCGGCAGAGGCGCGGAAAAGGGCGCGGGAAGGGGCGCGGAGCUGACCGCCAGAAGAGAGGGCGGGCGGGGGCACCCGCGGCGACCUGCUGCCUUGGGGCCGGAGCGGGCGUCAGCGCCGCGGCCCCUCCGGACCCCAGAACUGCCGCUCGCCCGGCGCGCACUGCCCCUUCUCCCGGCGAGUGGGGCCCCCUCCCUCGGCGCCGACCGCCCCCUCCUCCUUCCCCGCGCUGCCCCUCCUCCGUCCCGCCCCCCGCGCCCGGUGGAAAGCGAGCGCCGCAGUGGCUUUGCCUGCACUGCCCGGCCCCUGAGCCGCCGCUCUGCCCGCUAGCCUGGGCACGCUCAGAGAGCGGCGUGCGUCCCCGGCCCCCGGCUCUUCGCUCCGACUCCGCGACACCAGCCUCGGGAGCCCCGGCCGCCGCGCCGCCGGCCCCGCUCCGCUGGCGGACAGCCGCGCUCCGCGUUACAGCAACUCGGGCAGGACCCCGACGGGACCCGCGCGCCAGGCUGCCGCCCGAGCCCCGCGGCUAUGCCCGGGGCCCCUCGCCUGUCCGGUCGCUCGUCCUGCGCCCGGGCCCGGCCCCCGACGGCCGCGCGUUGAGAUGACUUUCCGCGACCUCCUGAGCGUCAGUUUCGAGGGACCCCGCCCUGACAGCAGCGCCGGGGGCUCCGGCGCGGGCGGCGGCGGGGGCGGCGCGGGCGGCGCGGCCGCCUCGGAGGGCCCGGCAGUGGGCGGCGUGCCGGGAGCCGCCGCCGGCGGCGGCGGCGGCGGCGGCGUGGUGGGCGCAGGCAGCGGCGAGGACAACCGGAGCUCCGCUGGGGAGCCAGGGGGCGCGGGCGCGGGCGGCGAGGUGAACGGCACGGCAGCCGUCGGGGGGCUGGUGGUGAGCGCGCAGGGCGUGGGCGUGGGCGUCUUCCUGGCCGCCUUCAUCCUCACGGCCGUGGCGGGCAACCUGCUGGUCAUCCUCUCCGUGGCCUGCAACCGCCACCUGCAGACGGUCACCAACUAUUUUAUUGUGAACCUGGCCGUGGCCGACCUGCUGCUGAGCGCCACGGUGCUGCCCUUUUCGGCCACCAUGGAGGUUCUGGGCUUCUGGGCCUUCGGCCGGGCCUUCUGCGACGUGUGGGCCGCUGUGGACGUGCUGUGCUGCACGGCCUCUAUCCUCAGCCUCUGCACCAUCUCGGUGGACCGGUAUGUGGGCGUGCGCCACUCGCUCAAGUACCCCGCGAUCAUGACCGAGCGCAAGGCGGCCGCCAUCCUGGCACUGCUCUGGGCCGUGGCCCUCGUGGUGUCCGUGGGGCCGCUGCUGGGCUGGAAGGAGCCGGUGCCCCCUGACGAGCGCUUCUGCGGCAUCACCGAGGAGGCAGGCUACGCCGUCUUCUCCUCGGUGUGCUCCUUCUACCUGCCCAUGGCCGUCAUCGUGGUCAUGUACUGCCGCGUGUAUGUGGUAGCUCGAAGCACCACGCGGAGCCUCGAGGCCGGCGUCAAGCGAGAGCGCGGCAAGGCCUCCGAGGUGGUGCUGCGCAUCCACUGUCGCGGCGCCAGCACCGGCGCGGGCGCCGGCGCCGACGGGGCGCACGGGACGCGCAGCGCCAAGGGCCACACCUUCCGCAGCUCUCUGUCCGUGCGCCUGCUCAAGUUCUCCCGCGAGAAGAAGGCGGCCAAGACGCUGGCCAUCGUCGUGGGCGUCUUCGUGCUCUGCUGGUUCCCCUUCUUCUUCGUCCUGCCGCUUGGCUCCCUGUUCCCGCAACUGAAGCCCUCGGAGGGCGUCUUCAAGGUGAUCUUCUGGCUCGGCUACUUCAACAGCUGCGUGAACCCGCUCAUCUACCCCUGCUCCAGCCGCGAGUUCAAGCGCGCCUUCCUCCGCCUGCUGCGCUGCCAGUGCCGGCGUCGCCGGCGCCGCCGUCCCCUCUGGCGCGUCUACGGCCACCACUGGCGGGCCUCGACCGGCGGCCCGCACCCCGGCUGCGCUCCCGGCCCGGGCGCCGCGCCUCCUGGAGCCCCGCUGGCCCUCACCGCACCCUCCGCCCCCGGCUCCCCGGGCACGCCCGAGAUGCAGGCUCCUCCUGUCGCCGGUCGUCGCAAGUCGCCCUGCGCCUUCCGCGAGUGGAGGCUGCUCGGGCCGUUCCGGAGACCCACCACCCAGCUGCGCGCCAAGGUCUCCAGCCUGUCGCACAAGAUCCGCGCCGGGAGCGCGCAGCGCGCAGAGGCCGCCAGCACCCUGCGCGCGGAGGUGGAGGCGGUGUCCCUGGGAGUCCCCCACGAAGUGGCCGAAGGCGCCACCUGCCAGGCCUACGAAUUGGCCGAUUACAGCAACCUCCGGGAGACUGAUAUUUAAGCACCCCGAGCUAGGCCCUGAGCUAGGCCGGGGAGCGUGCUGGGGAGGAGGAAAGGGGCUGGGGGUGCGGUGAGGGGAGGGCAGGGAGGGAGGCUGGCUUUGUUCAAGAGGCCGGUGCGGCAUCAGGGACCUGGACACUGAUCAGGGCGGCUGCUCUCUGGCCUCCCUGAGGAACUGGGGCCGGGGUAAGGCCUUUAAAGUUGACAAGUUUUGGCCCCCUCCUGACACAGGUGCCCGGAGCUCCUUCUUGAAGAGGAAGGGGCUUCGGGCUCCGUGGGGCCACUGGCUCCCAAUCCCUGUUUGAGAAACACUGUCCCAUCCCUGCUCUGAACCCUGGGUAGACAGCCUCAAGUAUGGCCAGGCAGGCCUGCCUCUCCUGGAUGGAAGGGGCACAGAGGCCCUGCUUGGCUCUCUCCAACGCCUCCCCUGGGGAAAAAGUCCGUGGGGCCAAGGCUCUCAAUGGACACAAUUUCUCCUUACUGCCGACUGGAGGAACCCAGUGGACCUGCCAACACCACCAACAAACUUUGGUGGCAGAUUGGAUGACCAUCGUACAAGCCUGUUGUAUUGACCCAUGGACCCACUCCCCACUACAGAGGCUCUAUCAUGCAUACCCCAUCACCCGGCCCUGCCCCUCAUUAUGUCCAAGGGCCUUACUGUUUACACUCUGUACAUAGUGCCUGUGCCCGUCACUUCUUGCUGGGAUCUGGAGCCAUCAAACGGGAAGAGCUUUGUUUGUCAUUUUGAGACAUAUUUAUUGGUAAGAGUACUUCUAUUUUGUCCAAACUGUGCAAACUGUCCCUCUUUAGCUUGUAACCCAUAAAGAAUUACUUUUUUU